AAACAACAUUAUGUUCGCCUUCGAUCAAGUCCAAGGCGUCCAUUUUAUAUGGCCAUUAAUUAAGCGAGGUACUAACGCAUACCGCCCAAAAACAGUGUCUUCCAGGUAUGCGCCGUUUUUAAGAUUUCGUGAUAAGGCUAUUAUGAAAAUACACACACACAUAUAAUAUAGCUGCUGCUAUCUUAUUGCUGAAGUAUGCACUCCAAUAGAGCUAAUUUUGCACCUUGCUUUGCUGCUGGUCAAUAACACUGGGGGUGGAGGCUUAACAGGACGGGAGGAUGGAAAUCGAGUUCAUUUCUCCGAAACGGGACACACUGAAGCGACACUAAACGAGAACCUGGGGAGCAUGACGUAUCUCCCAUUGUCGAAGACGGCUAGACAUUAUGAGCCAGCAAGGCAAAAGGAUCGGCGAGAAGCGUGUCCUGUUGUGUAACAAUAUCUGGCUGGAUGCGUGGGGACCUUUGCACAAGCGAUGUGUGACCUCAGGAUGUGGCUGCUGAUGGCUGCAUUCGGCCUCAGUCUGUGCCACUGUGUUGGGGGGCAGCUUCUGGAGACCAGAGCCAAAAGGGUCCUACCACAGCUCAUCUGCAGCGUCCCGGGGCUGCCGGGGACUCCAGGCAAGCUGGGGCCCAGCGGGGCUCCUGGUGCAGAGGGGCUCAUCGGCAUCCCAGGGCGAGAUGGGAGAGACGGCAGGAAGGGGGAGAAGGGCGAGAAGGGGGACACAGGUGUGAAAGGGAAAGCAGGUCCCAUGGGCAAGAUGGGUGAGCGUGGUGAUCAAGGCCUGAUGGGGAAGAGAGGCCCCAGUGGCAUGGAUGGGGACAAGGGCCCGUCGGGCCCCAUGGGCCCCCCAGGGCAAAAGGGAGAUAAGGGUCAACGGGGAGCUCAGGGCCAACCGGGCAUCUGCCGCUGUGGCAGCCUGGUACCCAAAGUAGCCUUUUCUGUGGGCAUCACUACUAGCUACCCGGUGGAGCGGACACCCAUCCGCUUCAACAAGGUCCUGUUUAAUGAGGGCAGCCACUACAACACACAGUCCGGAAAGUUCAUCUGUGCCUACCCCGGAACCUACUACUUCUCCUAUGACAUCACCCUUGCCAACAAGCACCUGGCCAUCAGCCUCGUGCACAAUGGCCAGUACCGCAUCAAGACUUAUGACGCCAACACAGGCAACCAUGACGUAGCCUCUGGCUCCACAGUCAUGCAGCUCAACCCAGAGGAUGAGGUGUGGUUGGAGAUCUUCUACGCAGACCAGAAUGGAUUGUUCUCCGACCCCGGCUGGUCUGACAGCCUGUUCUCCGGAUUCCUUCUGUACGCCGACACAAAUUAUUUGGACACGCUGUCGGAGGACUAUGCGUAACAAAGGAUUGUGGGUUGGGACUUAUGGGUGACUCUUAGCUGUUCAUCAUCUCAUGAACAGAAAGACUGGCAGAAGUAUAUAUGAAAUGUAGCAGUAACCACGAUGGUUAAACAUAUGCCAGAUUAAGCUAUGUGUAAGCCAAUCAGCUUUCCCCUUUACAGUAAUGCUGCAUAACAGAAUGCCCCAUGGACUGAAUAUUCCAUUUUGUGAGAUUAAAUUGAGCUGACAGCAUAUCUCACUAAUGUGAGGUAUUUAUUUGGAAAAGCUCCAUGGAAAAAGAACUGGGUUGCAUGUAUAUUUAUUAAUUUCAUUACCAUUAAUAAUGUGAAAGUAACAACUAGUAAUAGGACAAAAGAAGCUUGAAAACCAAAGAUGAGCAGAGUUACACUGUAAGUCAUAUCACAGGGUAGGUUGUGCCUCCCCCCUCCCCCAAUAUCAAACUUCCUCCUACAUCCUUGUUUAUGCAGAAUAUUUUACCUUUUGAAAUAAAUCAGUGGGUGGAA